UUUGGUUACAUCUUCUUCUCAUCCCCGCUCUCUCUUCCAAACGUAGCGCGACUCCGGCCGGCGAAAAGCUCCGAGCGCCACCGGUCCGGUGGGGACUGCGUCGUCGGUGACCAGAAGCCGCCGUCGCUCUGCAAAUCAACCCCGAACCGCCGUGGAUCGGAGCGCCGCGAAGAGACCCAUCUCUCCCCCUCUCCGUUUCUGGCUCCGCCAAACCCUUCGAAGCACCGGAGCCCGACAGCCAAUCGACCCGCCGGAGAGCCGGCCGGAGCCGGAUCGCACGUCGCCGGGGAUGAAUCGGGAGGGGGCGGGCGACUGAGCUGACGGCGGUUCGCGUGGCAUCCAGCGGAAGCUCCGGCUCAACUUCCAAUGUGGGUCUUCCACCUGUAGCUCGGGGGCAGCUUCGGCUCGAAAGCUGCACUCGCUCUCAAUCUCUCUUCACGUGACCUUGCCUUUGAGCUUGUAUGCAAAUGUUUCUCCAAUACGUUUAAGAUGGAAGAAGUUCAUCUAAAUAGUGAGCCUCUCUUUGAUGAUGGCAAUGAAUAUGAGUUUGAGGAAGAUGCGAAUGCUAUGGAUGAUGGAGGAGAAGUUAGUGCUGCACGACCAAAGAAAGGACAUUCACCACCUACUGUGGGGUUGGAGUUUGAUUCUUUUGAUCAAGCUUACGAUUUCUAUAAUAUGUAUGGAAAGGAACAGGGUUUUGGAAUCAGAGUAAGCAAUUCAUGGUUUAGAUCAAAGAGGAAAGAGCGUUAUAGAGCAAAACUAAGCUGCAGUAGUGCAGGCUUCAAGAAAAAAAGUGAAGCCAACAACCCUAGGCCUGAAACAAGGACUGGAUGCCCUGCAAUGAUAGUGAUUAGGCUUGUGGACUCUGAAAGGUGGAGAAUAGUUGAAGUUCAGCUUGAGCACAACCAUAAGGUUAGUCCAGAAAUCAAGCGCUUCUACAAGUCACAUAAAAAGAUGAUUGUUGCUGCCAAAAAGGCACAACCACCAUCAGAGCCUGUCACGCAGAUGCAUAUCAUAAAGUUGUAUCGGCCAGCUGCUAUCGAUUCUGGAUGUAAUGGCUAUUUGAGUAUCGGUAGGGAUGAUGGAAUCAAUUCCGUUGAUCAUGCCAAACAUUUGGAGCUUAAAGAGGGAGAUGCCCACGCAUUAUAUAACUACUUUUGUCGCAUGAAGUUGACCAAUCCAAAUUUCUUUUAUUUGAUGGAUAUUGAUGAUGAUGGGCGUUUGAGAAAUGUGUUUUGGGCUGAUGCCAGGUCUAGGGCUGAGUAUGCUUACUUUUCAGACACGGUUGCUGUUGAUUCCAUGUGCUUGGCUAGCAAAUUUGAGAUUCCCUUGAUAUCCUUUAUUGGCAUCAAUCAUCAUGGACAGUCAAUUUUGUUGGGCUGUGGCUUUGUUGGACAUGAAUCAGUUGAGCAUUAUGUUUGGAUAUUUCGGGCAUGGUUGAAUUGCAUGUUGGAUCACCCUCCACAAGUUAUAUUUACAGACCAGUCCAAGGCCUUCCAAACUGCAAUUUCUGAGGUAUUUCCAAAUGCUCAUCAUUGCUUUUGUGCAUGGUAUAUCAUGCAGAGAGUCCACGAAAAACUGGGAGGAUUGAAGGGAUAUGAAGUAAUUAAAAGACAGCUGAAGAGAUCAAUCUUUAAUUCUUUGAAAAUAGCUGAAUUUGAAACUUCUUGGGCUGAGAUGAUCCAUAGACAUGGACUUAAGGACAAUAAAUGGCUCCAUUCUCUCUAUGAGGAUAGACAAAUGUGGGUUCCUGUAUACUUGAAAGAUACAUUCUUUGCAGGGAUGAUUCUUAUUCAAGAAAGUGAAAGCAAGAGUGCCUUUUUUGAUGGUUAUGUACAUAAACAUACGUCUUUCAAAGAAUUCGUUGAUAAAUAUGAUCUAGUUUUGCAUAGGAAGCACUUGAAAGAAGCCAUGGCAGAGCUGGAGUCCAGAAAUAUAAACUGUGAGCUGAAAACAAGAUGCAACUUUGAGGUGCAGCUCUCCAAGGUGUAUACAAAAGAAAUUUUCAAGAGAUUCCAGUCUGAGGUUGAGGGGAUGUACUCUUGCUUCAACACAAGGCAGGUAAAUGUUGACGGCGCAAUCAUAACAUACAUAGUGAAAGAACGAGUGGUAAAUGGAACUGAAAAGGAGGUUAGAAAUUACGAGGUCUUGUAUGAGACAUCUCAAGUAGAUAUUCGAUGCAUAUGCAGCUUGUUCAAUUACAAAGGUUAUCUUUGUCGCCACGCAUUGAAUGUUCUCAACUAUAAUGGUGUGGAGGAAAUUCCGAGGCAAUAUAUUCUUUCACGUUGGAGCAAGGAUUGCAAGAGACAACCACUUGAGAUACCUCAUGGUUCCAAUGAUCUUGAUGUACAUAACCCAGCUUGGUGGCAUAACAAUCUGUACAGACGUGCCAUUCCAAUUGUGGAGGAAGGCGCUCGAUCCAAAGACCAUUAUAAGAUUACUUUGCACGAAUUGGAGGAGUUGUUGAAUAAACUUGAUCUUGUUGAGGACAACUUAAAUGCACCAAAAAAUGUUUGAGUUUCCUCCUCAAUGUGGUAGUCAGAAAUGGAAGAAGAGAAAAAAUUAGAAAAGUGGUAACCUUGCUGACCUUGUAUGUGUUUUAAUCUACUUCCUGCAUCUCCUCCAUGCUCAAUGCACAUACAAACGAAACAUGAGGCUUAGACAAGAGGAUUAUAGAUGAUGAAGGAGAGGCUAAUGAGCAGUUGCGAACUGAACAAGAUGACUUGACUUCAGUUCUUGGACUUGCUGAGACAUUGUAACAGGCCCCCACAUGAAUGAAUUUGUGAAGUUCUGCAUGCUCUGCCUUUCAAGUGGUAUCCUGACGAAUCUUACCAAGGAAGGAUGCUGAAGAGACUGAUCGAUGGUGCUACCAGCACUUCAGCUAGUAGUCAUGAAGUGGAAUUGGAUAUAGUAUUUUUUGUUUUAUUGGUCUCUGAGAAACAAGAGUUUACAAGACCAGUUCUCGGUAUGCCGAGGGAGGUUAAUGAACUUGCAAAGGUCGAUCGAGCAGCACUUUUUCACCAGUUAUGUGCAAGUAAAGAAGAAAUGUAUGUUUACAUGAAGUGAGGAAUAUCGAGAUCUCCAAUAUGGUUAGAAGAAAA